CUCGACGUUUAACAGCAAUAGGCGGAAAAGUGAAACUGGUGGCAGUUGAUACUGUGUUUCAUAAAACCAACAAAACACAACGACGUGAAAUGCAGUUGAUUAACCCAAACACAAUGGACAAAGAACAGAACAUAACAGAAGAUGAAGCAGCUUUAUAUGACAGACAGAUACGGUUGUGGGGCCUUGAUGCUCAACGAAGGUUGCGUGCGGCCCGUGUACUACUUAUUGGUAUCAAAGGUCUGGGAGCUGAAGUUGCCAAGAACAUAGUGUUGUCUGGAAUCAAGUCUUUGACACUGUUAGACAGCUCAGUGGUUGAUAAAGAAGAUGAAACAGCUCAGUUCUUGGUGUCUAGAGCGGAUAUCGGCAAAAAUAGGGCUGAAUCGUCACUGGAAAAAGUCAAGCUUCUGAACCCCAUGGUGGAAGUGACGGCCGAUGCUGAAUGUGUUGAUAAGAAGCCUGACAAGUUUUUCACAAACUUUGAUGUGAUCUGUGCCACGUGUUGUCCCACCGCCACGCUCUGCCAUAUCAACAAAAUAUGUGCUCUCAACAAUGUCAAGUUCUUUGCCGGGGAUGUGUUCGGUUACUAUGGCUUCAUGUUUAGUGAUUUAGGAGAGCAUGAAUUUGCAGAAGAAGUGUCCAAACCCAAAUCUUCCACAGAAGACAAAAAAACAUGUAACAGUGUUGAACCACCACCAAAGAAAAUGAAAAAAGAAGAACACGAAACUGUCACAGUGAAAAAGUCCAUCACAUUCUCACGUCUAGAAGAUGCUCUGCAGUUUGACUGGACAACAGAACAAGGGAUGAAGAAACUGAAAAAGACACCUGCCUGUUAUUUUAUCAUUCAGGUGUUGAUGAAGUUCCUGGAAAAACAGGAGAGACGACCUCUGAUAAAAUCCCACGAUGAAGAUGAAAUAUUGUUAAAGAAAUUGAGAGAAUCAACUCUCAAGAAAAUACACAGUGACUGUAAAAUAGUGCCUGAUGAUUUUUCUAGGUAUUGCUUUGCUGAGCUGAGCCCGGUGUGUGCGGUGGUGGGUGGAGUGCUGGGACAGGAAAUCAUCAAGGCUGUAUCCCAGAAAGAUCAACCACACAACAACUUUUUCUUCUACAAUGGUGUUGACGGAAGUGGCAUGGUUGACAAAAUAGGCAGCUGAUGUGACUUGUGGAACUGACCCGUAUUCAAGUUAAUAUCAACAAAAUAAAACAUGCGCAAUUCAAAUCUGUAGCUGUAAAACUUUUCUCUAGUCUAGACCAAAUAAAUAAAAGAUUUGAUUCACAUCAUUGAUUUAUGUAAGGAAAGUUUGUGUUACAAAAAAACAGGCUUCUGAAAAUUGUGAUAGUUUAGUUUCAUUCGCGCAUCGCUCGCGUACGGUAGUUUUGUGUAACCCAUUUUUCAUUCGCACAUUGAAUUUAUGACAUUUACAUAGUCAUGAUGGGUUACGUUAAAACAAAUGGGUUACCCGACUUUGUUUUUGCAUAUCCCAUAAAUGGAUUACGCAAAUUUUCAAUUCUCAGAUGCCUGAAAAAGAAAGACAAUUUGGAUAGAAAUUGGUGCCAUAUCAGGCAGUAAUCUAGAUGGUGCAUUGAAAUUGAGUUCUUAUUUUUCACUGAAAGUUGGCCCAUGAUGUCAGAAACUUGUUUGAAGUCAAUGAAUUUGAGUACGUACAUUUACAGUACGUAAAAUUAUUUCAUUUAACCAUAUAUAUAAUAUGAUGAUAAACUGGUUUCCAUAUCAUAUCAAGUGCAUAUUUAUGGAAAAAUAAUUUGUGUUUGUCAUUUUGUUGAAGCUUGUGUACGUUCAUGUGGAAUAGAAGCUUGAUUAAUAGUGGUCAUACUAGUAGUCAGGACUGAAAUUUGUAUUAGCCAGAGACUAAAUUUUGUGUCCACUUUGUGUAAAAAAUUAGCAAUUGGUUAAUUUGGCGAUAAGACAGGAUGAGUACUGAGUAUUUGAACUAUGGCAUAGGCAUAGAAGUAAGGAAAGAAAAUGAUUAGUCAGGGUUUUAUUUCUAAAAUUUGACUUGACAUCCAUGGCUUAGACUGGGAAUUUUAGCAUUGUUUUAUGAAAAAAGAAGGAAUUUUUAGUUUCAUUCAAAAAAUAUCUUAAGCUCAGUAGAAUUUAAAAGAGUAAUACUAAACAUAUAUUUGGUCUUUUGCAAGUGUUACGCAUAGUUUUAAAGAAAUAUUUUUAUAUAAUAAAAAAAGAAUUGUCUACAUUCAGAUUGGAAAUUUAUCAGUUUCAAAUUGGGAAUAAAAAACGACAUAGCCUUUGAGGAAUGGUGCCAAUUAUCGGAGUCUAGAAAUAUAGCUGAUAAACUAAUGUUAGUUUGUCAAAAAGUGCCCUAUUAAGUUAUAUAAAGUGGACUGGAUUCAAGGAACACUUCCGAAUUGGUGACAACAAAUGUUUUAGAAAGCUACAAGCUCUCGCAGAAGUUUGGGCUAGUGUCCUUUGUAUUAUAAUAAUACAGUUAAUAAGUUUCACUAAUUAGCGGCGGGACCAAAGGGUAGUGGAUUUGUCUAACCCUGUGAAUGAAUAAAUGAAUGAAUGAGUAUACAAAGAGUGCCAGAUCAGACAGAUUUGAUAAAAGCUGUUGAUCGUGAUGUUUUACACACAUCAAAGUUAUACACAGCUCACUGUAUUUGGUAAAAAAUAACCACCCAAAGUUAGGGGAUUUUUAUAAUGCAUUUUCAACUUAAAAUUUUCCAGCUUCACUUUUGUGUCCCUAUUUUUUAAAACCACAAUAGAUAAAUGUAUUGCUUUUAUUCUUCUGUGACACAUGCCUGUCUGUUCAUUGCCAGUGGCGGAUCUAAGGGGGUGCCCCCCCCCCCCCCCCCCCAUAAAUUUUGCUCCUUUUUUUUCUUCUUUUUUUUCCAUUAGAUAAUCUGAAGAAUCCUUUUUCUGGAACGUUUGUGGCCCACGUCAUUGCCACCCCCCAUUAGAAUUUCUGGAUCUACCACUAAUAGCAGUUGUGCUUGUGUGUUUAGUUUAGACAAUUUAUAGAAGUUGGCAGUCAUCUUGAUUAUUAAGUCUCUUUAUUUAGCAGUUAUUUAAAUAUUAUUGGCCAAUUAGUUGUGUACAAAUGGUAGAGAGUUAAUUAAAUUGUUAAACUGCACAAUAACAAAGCUAUUGUUUGUAAAAUAUCAUGCUUGUUUUAUAUUCAUAAAGCUGUAUAAAAGUUUAGAAAUUGUGAACAAGAAAUACGAUGAAUGUGACUGUUCAAUAAUUUAAAAAAAACUUGCAAUAAAAAUCUGUGUUUGAA